AGGCGAAGGUAAGUGACUAGAGUCCCUGUCCCAUUUUCUACCCGUCAGAAUAGAGAUUGGAACCGUGCCAGAGAGUGCCACAUGCUCUGUUGCUGUAAUUGUUGUUGCCAUUGGAUUUCGUAAAUAUCAAGUAAAUAAAGAGAAAGGCUGUCGUAGAUUUGCAACGUUCCCGCCAGUUUCAACCGUAGCCAUGGCAACGACGGACGAUUUCUGGUGUCAGGUCAAACUUUUCACGGCGAAAAUUAGGGAAGAAUUCGAAGUUUUCGACCAAAGUCCGAGUGAAAUACAAGAUAAGGAGCAGAUUGAAAGGAAAGUCAUCGAGAAAUGCGAGUACAUCGUCGAGAAUGUUGUGAAAAGUAUUGUAUGUGGUGAGACUCCCGUCCUGCGCAUCCCAAAACCUCCCAGAAAGGACGGCAGGCAGGCUAAUGGCGAUACCCUGGUCAGCCUUGGGUCCGAGAAAGAAGCCAGGCGGUUCGCUAUCGUCAUGCACACCUUAGCUCAGGCCUACAGCCACGUCACCAAGGGAACCUACGCUACCAGGAGAGACGUCUUCUACGAAAACGUCGCACUGUACCGCAACCAGUCAUCGGUCGACCGAACAGUCGAGGACCUGGCGAGAAUGUGUAUGGUACCGCGUCACGGUUUGCACCUGACCAUCACCAGCAAAGGACUGGUAGCUGGCUGCCUCACGUAUACCACCAAUGACGGACUCACAGUCAACGUACAAGAGGCGAAUCAAGGUACUAUGAUACCUGAUGGAGUCGGCACGAUUUCUGAAGUGUCGUCAGAAGCCAGGUACAUCCUGGUCGUUGAGAAGGACGCGACUUUCCAGAAACUGGUAGAGGGUCAAGUGCAUAGGUCCUACGGACCGGCUAUACUCAUCACUGGUAAAGGUUACCCUGACCUUCCGACCAGGCAGUUCCUGUACCGACUGUGGACUUCUCUGAAGAUUCCUGUGUUUGCCCUGACAGACGCCGAUCCUUAUGGGCUGCACAUCGCUGCUGUGUACAAAUUUGGAUCUAUCGCCCGGGACGAGCCGGGAUUAUGCGUGAGCAAUUUAGCCUGGCUGGGUAUCCUGCCCUCUGACCUGGCAGCCCUGCAGCUGCCCAAGAAAGCCCUGCUGCCUCUGACGCCAGCAGACUGUGGCAAGUUGGCUUCUCUCGCUGCGCAUCCUGACAUUUCGAGCAGCGAGAAGUGGCUUCGUCAGAUUGAACUGCAACGCCAACUGGGCAAGAAAGCAGAGAUCCAGGGCCUGACGCACAUCCAACAAGACUUCCUGACGACCGUGUACCUGCCUAGGAAGUUACGCCAGGGCGGGUGGAUCGACUGAGAGAGAUCUGUCUCCGUUGUUUUUUCUGAUUUCUUUGCUUUUAGUUUUUUAUUGUUUUUUUUGUUGUUGUGAUGUAUAAAGAACAUUUUCAGUCUUUUUUCUGUGAAGUUAUUAGAAGUACGGAGAUUAUUUCUGUGUCCUCUUGGCUGCUAUCGUUGUUAAUGAAGACAUUUAAAGUAUGAGGGAUGUCAUUGCUUUUUGGUUGCAAUGAUUUUGAAAUACUUCUGUUGCCAAUGCUACUCUUCUGGCUUGUAACGUAACUUCAAAGUUUAUAUUUGUACUUCCACUACCCUCACCACCACCACCACUAUUAAGUGGUGGAACUUUAUCACCAAGAAAUACCAUUUUCCAUUGAGGAUGACCAUCCUCAAUUGCUGAAAGUCAUCAGAUUUGUUACCUACAAAGCAGUAUGGAUAUUAUUUAUACAUUAUUUUUUAGAUUGUUUCAGACCCUAUUUACUGUUAUAUAGUUCUAGGAAUUGGUUUUUGUAAUUAUAUUUUUUUAUCUUUUAUUAGUGUCCUCUAUAAUUAGAGGUUUUUCUGAUGUAUUAUCUUAUUCCAAGUUUUUAUGAAAGGGAUGUGUGAAUGUUUGUUUUCUUGGACGAUAAAGUUUGCAUCUCUCUUGACAAGAGUCUGACAGCUAGUGGUUUAAAGGAUCAGGAUUGUGAAAAAAGGAAAUAACUUGUUUUUUUUCAAUAAUUCUCUCACUAACUGUAUUUUGUUUCAUUGUCGUAAAAGCCGUGUAAGACCAAGUACCAAUUGUAACUUUUCCACAGUAGAUGUUAGUUUUGCAUUUUGACUACUGUGAGAUUCUGGCUUAAAAGUACCAUAUCGUUUAGAUUUUUUUGCCUUUUCCCAACAACAUAUUUUUCUAAAGGAGAUAUUUAUCGAGAAGACGGGAAUUUCAGUAUUGAUGAUAACACAUUCCUGUAAUUUAUAACAUAUCUUCAGAAUAAAAGUUAUCUCAAGCUCACGUUUCAAAACUCUAUGACAGAAUGGUUAAUCGGAUUGAAUUUGUGGGUUUCUCUGAAGGGAAUUUCAGAAAUCAUAGUGAAAAGUCGAUAUUUUUAUACUUUAUUACUAAAUCCAUUCCUGGAUGUAUAUGCCCUUGAUUUCUUAUUAUGCAAAAACGUUCUGUUAAGCGUAAUGGUGCGGUGUUUUGCGCACAGUGAACGAAACUUUUUGAUUGUGUUCACCAAGUUCAUCAAUUUAAUGAACAUAUUCACCAGACGUUAUAGUAGUUUAGGUUUUCAACAGUUGUUUUCUCUGUACAAAAUCAUCUCAUUAGUAUAAAACUAGUUAUAUAUAUAUAUUGUCUUUUGUAAAAAAAAAAAUACAUUAUAAUUUGGUUA